AGUGAGGAGGAAGAGAGAGAGAAGGCAGAGUUGGAGGCAAAGAGGGCGAAAAAAGAAGCGGCACUCGGGUUUGCCAGCGGUCGCGCGCACUCUUCCAACAUUGAUUCCGUCCUCUUGUUUUGCUUAUUUAUUUUUCAUUUUUUUUUGUAAACCUCCUUCUCCCCCUUGUCCAGGUUUCUCUCUCUCUCUCUCUCUCUCUCUCGCUCUCUCUCUCCGUCGCACUUUGAGUCUCAUGCAGAUUUUGCUGAACUCGAGCCGCGUUUGCCAAGUCAGUUUGCGUUACCAUCGAGAUAUUUUUCCAUGUUUUUGACAAUUUGAUCCACUUGAUGGAUUGAUUUGAUUUCAUGAAUUUCUCCUUGUAGUCUUUUUGUUGUUGUUGUUCUCGACAGUGAGGUGGCUCAACUUCUUUCCACUCUCCUUCUGUGGUGCUCUUGAACAACAACUCUCUCGCUUCUGCUACACUACCUCCUAUGUUCCUUUGCUGCUAUUACACUGUGCCCCUUUUUUUUUUUUUUUUUAAAACUUUUGGCUGCUUUCACUGGACAGCAUAUCCUCUCGUUUUUAUUUUCCUUUUUUUCAAAAUGUUUGACAAUUUCUGCAGUGCACACUGACUAAACAAAACAUUUUUUUAUUGUUUUUAUUUUUUGUGAUCUGCGGGGUCAAUUUAUGAUGAAAGCGCAAAAUGGAUGAAUUCCACCCCUUCAUCGAGGCCCUGCUGCCCCACGUCCGCGCCUUCGCCUACACCUGGUUCAACCUGCAGGCCCGCAAGCGCAAGUACUUCAAGAAGCACGAGAAGCGCAUGUCCAAGGAGGAAGAGCGCGCCGUGAAGGACGAGCUGCUGGGCGAGAAGCCCGAGAUCAAGCAGAAGUGGGCCUCGCGCCUGCUGGCCAAGCUCCGCAAGGACAUCCGGCCCGAGUUCCGCGAGGACUUUGUGCUCACCAUCACGGGGAAGAAGCCCCCCUGCUGCGUGCUGUCCAACCCCGACCAGAAGGGCAAGAUCCGUCGCAUCGACUGCCUGCGCCAGGCCGACAAGGUGUGGCGGCUGGACCUGGUCAUGGUCAUCCUGUUCAAAGGCAGCCCGCUGGAGAGCACGGACGGCGAGCGCCUGGUCAAGUCUCCGCAGUGCUCCAACCCGGGCCUGUGCGUCCAGCCGCACCACAUCGGCGUGUCCGUCAAGGAGCUGGACCUCUACCUGGCCUACUUCGUCCACACGCCAGACUCCGGACAAUCAGAUAGCUCCAGCCAACAGGGGGACACGGACAUUAAACCACCGCCCAAUGGACACCUGAGUUUCCAAGACUGCUUUGUCACCUCAGGGGUUUGGAACGUGGCUGAGCUCGUCAGAGUGUCACAGACUCCUGUUGCCACGGCGUCAGGUCCGAACUUCUCCUUGGCCGACCUGGACAGCAGUCCCAGCUACUACAACAUCAACCAGGUGGCGGUGGGGCGGCGCUCCCUCACCUCCCCUCCCUCCACCAGGUCUGAGGUGGAACUGUACGCAAACCUUCCGCGGAGCUCCACCAAGAGGAAGUCGUUAGACGACAGUGAGAUGGAGAGCCCAACAGAUGAUGUUUUCUAUCCCGGACGCUCGCCCGCUGCCAGCUCGUCCCAAUCCAGCGCGUGGCCCAAUGACAUGGAUGCAGUGCAGCACCAUUUGGCCAGUGUGCAGGAGAGGAAGAUAAAACAUGAAAACGAAGGCGUGCAGUUUCCUUACCAUGGACUGUCCUCGCCUGGUUCACUUAAGAAGCCGGGGAAGUUUGAUUUCAACGCCCUGUCUUCCCAGAGGUCCCCCCGCAUGGCGUUCACACACCACCCGCUGCCCGUGCUGGCAGGAGUGAGACCAGGGAGCCCCCGUGCCUCAGCCUCAGCCCUGCACUUCCCCUCCUCCUCAAUCAUCCAGCAGUCCAGCCCUUAUUUCACCCACCCCACCAUACGUUACCACCACCACCAGGACCCGCUUAAGGAGUUUGUGCAGUUUGUGUGCACUGAAGGCACAGGACAGCCGAGCGCACAGCCUAACGGAGGUGGCCAGAGCAAAAUGCCGGGCUCCUUCCUGCUGCCCCCGCCACCCCCGGUGGCACGCCCCGUGCCCCUCCCCAUGCCCGACUCUAAAACCAUCAGCACGCCCACCGACGGUGGAGUCAGCUCACCCGCAUCUCCGUCAUACUCCACGCCAGGCUCCACAGCUCCCAACCGGUUUGUCGGCAUCGGAACACGGGACAACUUUCUGAAUAUCCCCCAGCAGACUCAGUCCUGGUUCCUCUGACAAGGUCUCGACGAAUCAACAGCUAAAAUGGUGUCAUGAAAAUUGGGGGCGGGGGGGAAGCAGACUGCUGACACAAAAAAAAAGUUUCUUUAUGGCCCACAUUGUACAAAGUACGACUACGGAGCCCCCACAUGGCCCCACCCCACGUGGCCCCCUCUGAUCCGACUCAAUUUGAACUGGAACGUUCGUAACCCCCCCCCCCCCCCCCCCCCUUCGGAAAUGCAGGAGGCCUCACUGAGAUGGAGUGGACAGACUCAGAAUGCCAGGCGGAAGACGAGGAACUGUCACACGCUCAUCAAGGAAAUGUUGGACAGGAGACACAAAUAUGGCAACCUGGCAAUUGACCAAUUUUUACAUUUGUGGUUUUUUUUUUUUUUUUUUUAAAUCACUUUUAUUUUCUUAUCAUUUUAUCAUCUCCACCACGAAACUCCACGCAUUGGCUCGGGAGGUUAAAAAAAAACAAAAUGGUAGUCGGUGAUGGCGCCUUCUCUUGUUGUGAUCUCAAAGAUCCCCGUGGCGUCCACCUUGAGGACCACCACCCACCAGCAGCACCACUCGGGUUCAAGACCACAAACACAGCCACAUCCCUGCGCGCCGCCCCCCUCCCCCUUCCUCACGCACCUCAUUCGCUCAGCCCUGAAGACCCAUUGAUUUGCGAUUGGCCAAUCCCGGUGACACCAUCAGAUGGUGUGACGUAUAUGCACUAAGUGGCUGGUCUUUUUUUUUUUUUUUUUUUUUUUAAAUAAUUGUUUACCUGUCCAAGUACCAGGGCACCUUUUUUCGCAGGGAGGAGAAGAUGCGUUAGCCAGUUGAAAGCGUUUGAAAACACUAACGGCUGCAUGUGCUCUUUCAUCCCCUCACCUAUGCACUAUUAAUUCUCAUUAGGGAUGAAAAGAAUUGCACAUGGACGGCCACGAGGGCGAUGAGGGAGGCCGGCUGAGCGCCGCUUGACAGAGAUGUGGCUGUGCGUCGAGGUCUACUUUAACCCCUCAAGUGCACCACACACAAAUACUGACACACACACACACACACACACACAAUUGCAACCAUUUUCCCUAAAAUAGUCUGUCACACAGCCACUCAUCUUUUUUUUCCGAAUUAGGGAUGGGCACAAUAAUAGAUUACUCAUGUCCUGAAGCCAUUGAGACAAAAUGGAAGGAAGUGCUUGGCGAGGAACUACAGGUCAUCGCGGCGGACGCGUUCCAGGCCCACCUGCAAUGUAGAAACACCAUAUACAGUAAUAAGCUUCUCUUUUUUUUUCUUUUUUUUUUUUUUAAACAAGCUUUAAACAUUUUCGGAAUUAUUAUAUCACCCUCUAACUUACUAAAACACACUUUUUAAAGUAUUUCUUAGCGCUCGCACAGUUCUCCAAAUAAGAGGCAAAGCGUGCGUGCGUGCGUCGCUCCCACUUCAAGUUCACUGUAAAAGUGACACAUAUAACAAAAGAGAAGCAAACAUUGUAUAUUCCAACACCAAAAUGUUCAACCAAACCAAAUAAUUUCAUAGAAAAAAAAAAAAGUCAGCUAGCAUAACGCUAACGUAUAACAGGAAACCAACUGCUACUUUGACACACACGUAGCAGCAACACAUACAAACUGACUUGCCUGUGUUCUGCAAAAAAAAAAAAUAUAUAUAUAUAUAUAUAUAUAUAUAUAUAUAUAUAUAUUUAAAAAAAUACAGCGGGGGCAUGAACAAUCAACUGCAAUAUAGCAGGGGAACACUGUAGUUUGUUUUUAAAAGUACAACAUUGGAAGAUUAGGUAUCGUAUAUCCAUGCCUGGCACACAAAAAAAGAACAAAUCCGGGAAAAGUAAUCAAAUGCCCAUCCCUGUUCACGAUUUAUUUUACAGGAAGACGCACACACACAGCAUGAGCUUCAUAUUAUUAGCUUUCAUUUAGCUUGUAGGGGUUCUUUUUCUUUUGAUCUCCUCUUUUAUUGGCAGAUUUUUCUUCUUUUUGGUUUUGUUCCACUUGGAUUGUUUUGCAUGUCAUAACACUUUCCGCUGUAGUUUCUAUUAUAGCACGCUUCGGACCAGGCCCGGAUUUCAGUGAGCAGAUGUCAACUAAACAGUGAAAACUUCUCAAAAUCUCUCGCGCGUACGGACAGCACGGUAACACCAGCUCAUCACACACAAUCCCCUGCGUUGCUUCACCCUGUAGCCCAGUCAAAGAAAUACACAAACACACACACACACACGCGAACACCAGUCAUGGAAUGAUAAAGGGAAGCCUUUAUAUUUGGUUCUCCAAAAUGCCUUUGUUAAUGGUUUUUCAUUCAUUGAAGAUUUGUCUAAAUUGACAUUUGUUACAUGUAAAUGUUCACAUAAAGAAUUUGCAUCAUGACACAAUCCAGCAUCCAAGGCCGACAUCAAAAAAUAACUGGACUGCCUCGCUGUUGGUUCCGUUUUGCAGGGAUAGUGGAGACUGAGACACAGCUCUCGGCUUCUCUGGUAACAGUAGCUCUAUGUACUAAAACAUAUAUGACAACUCUUAACAGUAAAGAUGAAAGUGCCACCGUAUUCCCUUCAUGCAAUUAGUAUUCAACUUCAGCUAAUGCUCACGGCUAGAAAAAUAAACAAAAACAACAAGACUUCGGCCUCCAACAAGGUUUGCCAAUUCCGCAUGAAAAAUCACGUUUUGCAUUGAAGUGACAUAAAUUCAUGAAAAAUAACAAAGCGGACAAAUAUAUGGUACAACAAACCUGGAUCAAGAAAUUGUAUCGGUAGCAGCAGCCUUUUGAUUCUGACAUGUCUUCGUUUGGGGGGAAAAAAAAAAAAAAAAAAGUCCCAUCCCACAGUUUGGGAAACGCUGGCCUGGACAAAUUUUUAUACAGGACUGCUUUUGUAAAGACAAAGAGAGACAGAUCUUACACAUAUACUGUAUAUUUAUGAUAUAUGCUCCUUUUUUAACGUUUUGCUAUGCGAGCUGGUGGGCAGUCUAGUUAUUUUCUGAAGCCUCCCUUUCCAGGAAGCCCUUUGGGUAACACCGCCUCAACCAACCUUUGCAGUACAAACCCCAAACGACACCACACACACGUGCAGCAGCGCAGCGUUCUAACACCUUCGAUGAACGUGUCAACAAAUUUUGACUGUAGGGUUGAAGAAGAAGAAGAAGAAGAAGAAAAAGUGUUUUGUUUUUUGAUGGAAAGUAUUAUUAUUGAGAACUAUGUGUCGAUUGAGCCACGUGCAAUGCAUUGGGUAGAUCAUUGUGUUUGUCUGUUAGAGAUUUUUAAGAAAGCUAUGAGAAAAGAGAAAAAAAAAUGUAUUUGUCUCAAGUCCAUAAGCUCCGGGACUCUAAACUUAGAGGGCCAUGAGAAAAAAAAAAAGAAAAAAAAUCCUAGUCUUUGUAAGUUGGGGGUAUUGUUUUUAUUUCCUUUGUCUUUUUUUUUUUUUUUUUUUUUUUUUAAUGUUUCUGUGUAAUCAUUUGUUUAUAUUGAAAAAAAAAUGCGAGAGGGCUGAAGGAAAACAAAUCUACACAACUUUAUCAUCAAGUAAAAACCGGUGCUCCUUAAACACUAUCAAUUCCAUUCAGAAAGAUUAUAAACGAAUGGUAAUGAACAAAAAAAAUAGCAGCAUUACUCCUCUUCUGUCUCUCUCACUAUUUGUAUUCUUCUUCAAUUGAGGAGAGGGGGUGGGGGAGGGGGGAGGGGGUUCCCGAUCCUACAAUUAAGUUGACUAUCAAGUCAAGAAAGUCAGGCAACGUUUUACCCGAGCGCUGCCUAAAACUCACCAGCAGGAAACCCCAAACAUUGGCCUAAAUAUAUAGAUAUAGAUAUAUAUAUCUAUAUAUAUAUACACACAAAUAAACAACAGCAAAAGAAGUCCUCCCAUGGAGACGCGGUGAGGCGAUGGCUAAAAGUAGAACGCGGCGAGACCGUUUUCUCCUUGGGCGGCAAUGCGAGCCUCUCCCCUGAUGCACCCCCUAACAGCCCCCCAACCCCAACACCCCCUCCACCUGCCUCUGUAAAUGACUCUUGUAGUGCUUGUGCUGUAGUGUAUAGUUUCCCAGCAGUUAAAGGUUGUCCCUUAAAAGUGCCUUUUGUUCACAGACUCCAUUUUUGUAAUCCAGUAUUUUUUAUUUUUUUUUUGGUUUUGUUUUGUGAGCUGGUGCCGCGCUCGAGCACAACUUUUAAAAUGAACCAUUAUUGUUCCUCCCUUCUCUUCCUUACAUCUAUAUUCUGAAAUCUACAUACAGAUGUAAAAGGUGUGAAUUAGUUCUUUAUCGAUAAAUGAUGGCAAAAAAAAGUGUCAUUGUUCCGUUGUUGCUUUGUUACCUUUCUUCCCCUCCUUGUCUCCACUGUCUAUUUUCUCUUCGACACUCGAGUAGUAUGUAACUGUGUGUCCGUCACUCUCGCUCACUGGCUCGCUCUCCCCCGUUGAAGGGUGGGACAAAAAAAAAAAAAAGAGAAACUUUUUUUUUUUUUUUUUUUGUCUGAACAGAAUGCAGUUAGCUCACAUGUUAUUCUUGUCUGUAUGCUUCACAUUGUAUCGCCAUACCCAUCACUUCUGCUUCUCCAUUCAACAGCUAAUGUAUGUGAACAAAUGACGCUGACGGGCUUUUGGGGGUGUCCCUGGGUGGGCUUUUAGGAAGGGAUGAGCGGGUUCAGGGGGAGUUUUGGGGAUGCAGGAAGUGGAAUUAACUGCUUGGGGAUGUUGGAACAGGGGCUGCUCGAACUAGGAUAAGAGCUUGCUCUUUUUGUUUUGGUUAUUUAUUGUUUGGCUUUGUUUUACUUCCCCUUUUUGUUUCAUGAUAAUUUGGAUUUAUUUUUUUAUAUAUAUAUAUAUAUAUAAAUAUAUAUAUAUAUUUGCUUUCAGGGUAUGCUGUGUUUAAAAGCUCUUUAAGGACAGGAAGCCUUGGACUUAAAAUGAAAGCUACAAGCACCUUAUUGCCGGACUUAUCCUGCAUGAGGUUGAAGGGAAGGGGGUGGGGUUUGCGUUUUUUUGUUCCCCCAAAAUGAAUCUCAGCUAAGUAUUAUCGUUAAUGCCGGGUUUUACACAGUAAAACUCUCAGCAGUAUUAACUACUUACAACACACCGGCCGGCUGUGCGAGAGGUCAUUGCGAACGUGACCUCUCGGGGGGGGGGGGGGGGGGGGGGUCUCCCAUUAUUUGUCCCCUUCUGCCCCACCUCAUGCUGGACAGCUCCAGGUCUGUGUUCUCUCGUUUAGUUUGUUUUCUUAAGCGUGUAUGGUUACUGGUGUACUCGGCAGCAGCCUCCUCGCCCCCCCUUUAGUCCCAGCUCCUCUGCGCCUCUGUCUACACACCACUUCUUUGUGAGAACACCCCCAGAGCUCUAGGUGAAAUGCAUGUUAAUUACAGUUUCUUUUCCAUAAGAAGAAAAACGCAGUUUGAGAAGAGCAGCACCUGAUUGAAUAAAAAGGAUGUUCUUGACUGUA